CUGCAGAUGUUGGGUGUUCAGAAUGGAGAACAUCUUCGACUGACUGGAAAACUGUGGGGAUGGAGCAGCCAACAGAAGCAAAUCUUUAAGAAAACAUUCGACUCUAAGACAAGUUUUGCUGCUUCUUCGCAAAUAACACAUUUCUACAACAGAGACAUCAGAAACGGAAGUGUCUUGUGCAUUUACCGUGACUUAAAGAGCAACCGCGUCCACUUUGAUAUCAAUGGAGAGGAAGGAUGGGUCAGUUUUAGCCGAAGUGAACCAGACUUCUGGUAUGGUUACAUUCGCUUGAGUUCCACCGGAAGUGGAAGUAAAAUUCAAGUCACACUGGUUCCGGAAGAAGAUCUAGCUUACUUUGAUCCAAGACUUCCAAUCGCUAUAACACCAGUACAGCAAGAGCCAACAGAUGUGGAAGACACUGGAAAUUCAGCUCUAGGUUGCCUCCCCGUGGAGAGAAUAGCGCAAGCAAUGCAUGCAGCGCUUUGUAGGGUUGUCCCGGACCCCGAAGCAAUACUACUUUGCCAGGGACCAGCGGAAACACCGUGGCUGAGCCACCACUACGUGAUGCACACAUCUCGUCCGCGUGGACUUUGCCUUCUGAUAAACAACGUUCGAAAUUUAGCGGUGGGAGAAGAGCAGCUCAAGGGCUUGUUUAAGUUCCUUUCCUUUGAUGUGCUAAUUGAAAGAGAUCUUCAAAGGGACGAGAUCUACAAUUUAGCUAAGGAAUUUGCAAAGAAAGAUCAUACUUACUUUGACACAUUUGUUGUUAUUUUCCUGUCUUUUUCUGGCCGGUGCAGUGAAAUAUCUUGUCCUGAUGGUAGAAACGCAAGCCUUGAGCAUGUUAUGGUGGAGUUCACAGCAUCAAGGUGUCCCUCCCUCCGGGGUAAACCCAAGUUAUUUUUUGUUCAGCGUGUUAAAGGGAUACCUUCAAGGGUCGACAAUGAGUGCUCAAUCUUCGCAAGCGGAAGCUUUGCAGAAAAGGAUGCCGUUAGGUUGCCUUGCAUCUCCGCCAGUGAGAAAGACAGCUGCCCCGAAGAAGCCGACUUUCUGCUUAUUUGUGUGACUUCUACAUAUCCAGCUGAUCAACCCAACAGAGAACCAGGGUCUUUGUUUAUCCAGAUCUUGGACCAGGUCAUAAGAAGUUCAACAGUGCCUUUAGCCCCUAUCACUCCAGCUUUGGCCCAAGAGGUUAGCUAUGAAAUGAACAAGGAUCCUCGAGGAUUGUGCGUCAUCGUGAAUAACGUCAACUUCCAGAACAGGGACCUGAACCGACCAGGAGCCGUCGAAGACGAACGUAGCCUCCAACUUCUGUUCAGGACGCUCUUCUUUGAAGUAAUUAUCCGGAGAGAUUUGACGAGCCACGAGUUGGAGAAAGUGGCACAGAAGUUUGGAGCUGCAAAUCACAAAGCGUAUAACGCGUUUGUGUUCAUCGUCAUGUCGCAUGGAGGAGAUCGCGAUUGCAUCUUGGGCGUCGACGGAAGGGAGACUACCGUCAAGAAUUUGAUGUGCGAGUUCCGUGAGAACAAGUGUCCUUCACUUAAGCAUAAACCCAAAGCGUUCAUCAUCCAAACUUGCAGAGGAUGUCGAGACAACGCUGAUAAUUCAAUUUCCUCACCUGUUAAUGAUAUCAAUUUACAGCAGAAGGUCGUGACCACGUCACAGGGACAGAUAAGCUCCCAGCCAUGUGAUACUGCAUUCGUUACUGACUGCACCCUCCCGCGGAGCGUGUUUCCACCGGAAGCCGACUUUGUCCUGGCCUUUGCCACCGCGCCGGGUUACGUAUCAUAUCGAGAUCCGGAUAAUGGCACCUGGUUUAUACAGGCUUUAGUCGAAGUGAUCAGCAAAUAUCAUCAUCAUCAUCACUUCCUUGAGAUCUUGACAGAAGUCACUAGACUGGUAGUGGAGCGUGUUAACUCUGUCCAGGUUCCUGCCCCCAUGGAUACCUUGACUAAAUUUCUGUACUUGUGAGAGGGGACUGAGCUGAGCGAUUUACUGUUAGCCGUUCCUAUGGAUACCUUGACUAAAUUUCUCUACUUGUGAGAAGGGACUGAGCUGAGCGCUUUACUGUUAACCAUGGCUUCGUUUAUACUGUUAUUAUGUUAGAGAUUUAGAAUGAAACUUAUUGAAUAGUUCAAUGUUUGUGGACACGAUUGUUACCCAAUGAAAGAAGAAGAUCAUCCUUUCUUGAAUCAAAUUAAAUCAAAUCGAAAAUUAUAAAAUAAAUAUGAAAUUGCUGCUGGCUUUUUUCUUAUUGAAUUACAAAUCAACUUGAUUUUAAGACGCUAGAUGUCCUUUUCAUCUGUUUAUAAUUUUAUUUUUUAUUUUAAGUAUAGGAAUUCUUGUAGAGAGUUUACUCUAAACAUUUUCAUUUUUUUCUUAACUGCUUAGACUUUUAGACCCUAAUUAUUCAUCUUGAUCUGACCAUCUGAAUGGGAGUUUAAGAUAAACUCAAAGAGUUGUUAGAAAGUUCGUACAAAAUUUUCGAAUUGUUACAUAAACUACCAUUUUAAUCUGACAAAAAUAUUUCAUUCUGCAACAGAACGUAGAAAAUGAUAUGUUAAAAGUUAGAGAGCAGUUACUUCCACUCUAAAAGAACAGAAGUUGAUUAAAACUCACUUGCAACAUGUCUGCUUGAUAGCAUGCGAAAAACAAAUCCUGUAUGAAAAAAAAAUAGAAAUAAUAAACCUCAAAACACUAAAAGCAAACCUUAAGAAGUGUAAUCGAAUAAGUGUAAAUAUUGUAAAGUUUGCAUACUGUUGAAUUUAAUGUGUAUAGUUUGGUCAGAGGGAAAUAAAAUGAUAUCAAAUGUUG